ACAAGCUCCCUGCUUCCUCCGAGAGUGAGUGUGUGUGCGUGUGUGUGUGUGUGCGUGUGCGCGCUAGACACAGGCAUCCGCUCCCAGCAUCUCGCUGCCUCCUGCAUCCUCCGGCAGCAAGUGCACGGCUCUGGCUUCCCGGGUACCACCCUCGCCGCUCCAUCCCCUGACAGGGAUUUGCACGCGGGGCACGGCAUGCGGUGAGCGCCCGCGGCUGGAGAGGGGCUGGUGGCCAGAGGCAGCGGCGAUGGACACCGUGUGGACUGCUGUCUAGGGCUCGUGUUCCCAGAGCGACCCUGAUCCUGAGCCAUGGGGGUGCUGAUGUCCAGGAGGCAGACGGUGGAGAGGGUGCAGAAGGUCAGCUUGGCCGUGUCAGCCUUCAAGGACGGGCUGCGGGAGCAGCCAUCGACACGGCGUCGGGCGGAGGCGGGGACCACACGCCAGGGGACGCUGGAGCAAGAGGUGCAGGAGGGAGAGGAGGARCCGUCGGCAGGACCUUCCCAGGCGGAGGAGAGCAGUGCCAGCAAGGCAGCCUGGGAGCGGCUGCGGGAUGGCCGGGGCGUGGAGCCGGAGGAGUUUGACCGGGCCAACAGGUUCACGCCGCCUGCCUUCAUCCGGCCCAAGAGAGAGCUGCACGAUGAUGAGCCCCCGGACAUCAGCCUGGAGCAGAGGGAGCAGAUCGUGAAUGAUGAAAUGUGUGAGAUCUGCGAGGUGUGGACRGCCGAGAGCCUCUUUCCGUGCCGCAUCUGCCACCGGGUGUACCAUGAUGGCUGCCUGCGCCGCAUGGGAUACCUGCAGAAGGACAGCGCCGUGGAGGUGACAGAGACGGCGCACACCGAGACGGGUUGGAGCUGCUACUACUGCGACAACCUCAAUCUGUUGCUGACAGAGGAAGAGAUGUACAGCCUGAUGGAGACCCUGAAGAGCUGCAAGAUCAUUCCAGAGAGCUGCCUGACCCUGGAUGACUUCCUGCACUACAAACACCAAGUGCACAAGCAGCAGUUUGAGCGGACUAUGCCCGAGGCGCAGGAAGAGCAGGCAGCCCUGCAGUUCAACGCCCUGGACCCCGACAAGAAGGGGCACAUCGAGUGGCAGGACUUCCUCUCCCACGAGUCCAUCCAGCUGCUGCAGAAAAUACGGCCGCAGAAUGCCCUUCUGCGGCUGCUGACACCCAAGGAGCGGGAGCGGGCACGGGCAGCCUUCCUGGCCCUGGACCAGGACAACGAUGGCUUAAUCGGGGAGGGCGAGUGCCGCCAGGCCCGGCACACCUGGUUCCGCAAGCACCAAAAGGAGAUGCUGUCCUGCAACGUCAGCAUCAGCCAUGUGGGCCCCAUAUCAGAGGGCAGCCCCGCCAGCAGCAGGAAUGGCAAGAGCCCGGAGAAGAUCCUGCCAGCCACAAAGCAGGACGAGACCAGGAACAUUGACUGGCCUGGAUUCCUGCGGGAGAAUGUCGUCUACAUCCUGGCCGCACGCCCCAACAGCGCAGCCCUGCACCUGCAGCCCCCCGCCUAGACCCGGCCGCGCCUCGAGGGCGCAGUGCCACGCCCGCCAUGCUGACCUGCCCCGCCCUCCCUCCCCGUGGGCACAGCCGGGCACCGAUUGGCUGGCGGGGAAGUGGCCAUGCUGCCUUUUGCCCCACCCCCCCCCCUUGGAUUGGCUGUGAAGAGGCUGGGUGCUGGGCUUUGAUUGGCUGAGGGAGCGGGAGCGGUUCUCAGGUCUCUGAUUGGUGGGGGGAAGCUGGGCGGGGCAGGGCGUGUCCCCACUGCCCUCCCCCCCACUUUGGAGGGACCACAGUGGGGAAGAGUCCCAUGCCUGGGGUCACCAUGGGGCACAAGAGGCAGGGGAUGUGCUGCCCCCAUGAUCCCCAAUCCCAGAGCACCCCCACAGMUGCCAGGACCUGAUCCCAGGACCCRCAGACAGAGCAGGGYCUGCCCUGGGUAGUUGUGGGGUGACAGCAGAACCCAGAGCAUCCGUGUGCCCCCAGCCUCCCACAGCACCAUGGGGCUCAUGGCUGAGCCUCUGUGUGCCACGGGCAGCAGGUCUGCGGCAAGCAGUGCCUCAGCUCACUGGCAUGGUGGAUCCUUGGGGAAUGUGACUGACCCCUCCUGGGGUCAUUCACAUCCCUGCCCUGCUCCACCAGGGGCUGGAGCCCAGUCGGUCCAUCCUUGCACGGCCCAUGGUUGUGUCUGGGAGACUGUUCCCUGGCAUGGCUCAGCCCCUCCCUGCUGGCGACCAACUAUUUAACGCCAGGAGUGAUGGUGUGAGAGAGAGCUCUGGGAACAGAAAGCAUCAGAGGGGCGGGAAGGCAACGUCAGAUGUAGGGAAAGCCUCCUAUGCAUCUGACCUUGCUGGCAGCACUCCUCUGCAUCCCUCAGCCCCUCCUGUACCCCCAGUUGCAAGGGAUGUUCUUCGCCUGCUCACCAUUCCAGUUCCACACCAACUCCAUUCAGUUCUGCUCUCUGCCCACCACAUCAAGUGGGUGACCUCACCUCGUUGGGAGCAUUAGAGCGGGUGGUGAGGAGGAGGAGACAGAGCCCAGAGCCCCCACAGGUGUCAGCUACAGGAAUGAGGCAUUCACUGGACCGGGUUGGUGCUUGGCAGCCCUAAGGUAGUUAGAUGCACUCAGCCCACAAGUGAAGGAGCAGGGAGCCCAGAAACCUUGCCCCAAACACACCAGGGGUUGGGAUGCCCAGGUCCCACCGCAGCCCCWGCAGCUGCUCCCUGCCCCCCUAAUCCUUUCCCUGCAGUGCCCUCAGCUUCUCCCUGCCUGGUGUGCCCUGCCUCAGCCGAAGGCCCCGGGGUGUACACAGACCAGUGAUGCACCUGCAACAACCUGGUCACUCCCUCACCUCCAUCCCCGAUGCCCUGGGGGCAUCAGCCCAGCCAGUCCCCUUCCCCCAGCCAGGGCACAGCUCCCCUCUCCAGGGUCUCUCCCACUGCAAGACCAGGAGGCGCACCAGUGCCACGACAUCUUCCUCUACCACCCUGGCAUGCCAGGCCAAUGGGGAUAUUUUGGAUGCCAGGUCCGAGAUGUGGCCAGCGCGCCAAUGGGGAUAUUUCGGAUGCCAGGUCCGAGAUGUGGCCAGAGCCAUGGCGAGGAGGCGGCCGUGGGUGCGUGGGUUGCAGCUCCCUAUCUGUACUGAGAUACAUCCAUUAAACAGCUGU